UGUCUUUUAGUCUAGUCUACUCGUACCGUAUUAUAAAGAACAUUAAAGUAAUUUGUGGUUGUGCCUUUUAAUUUAUCUUAUAGCUUAGCUUAAUAAUUUAUAUUCUACAAAUUGUGCCUACCUACCGUUCAAAUGCCUCGAACGAAAAUGAUUAAAAGAAAAUCAUCAAUGAAAGUAAAAAGAAAAACAUUGAAGAGGCAAACUUCAGCUUCAGUUGAAUCUCUGGCCUCUACUGCAUCACUGGCCUCCACUGUGUCAAGCACUGGGGACCAAGCGGACGAUUUGUCUGAUCUCAUUUCAAAAGAAUACAACUCAGUUUCUCAAUGUCAGGAAGCAAUAGAAGCACAUGUUGAGAAGAAAAUAAAUAAGCGUGCAAAGAUCUACGAGUAUUGUGUUAUCGACGUAAAAAAAACGUUUGCAGAUUUACUGAAGUCUUUACCAGAAAACUAUCUCUCCAUGAACUUGAUGGCUCGCCAUGAAGAGAACAUGUUUCAAGAUCAGAACCAAGACCCGAAUACAAGGGGGGCACGCCAAUCAAGAAUGAAAAAUAGGGAACCAUCAGAGUUUAAAAAACCUAAGAGUACCGCUCCUCGUAGAAGUUCCCGGAAGAGGUCGUUGUCUGUGCCAACUCAUUCUGCCCCUCCCCCACCAUCGCAGUACAGGACUCCACUGAACACACAUCGACAGCAGAUGAGUCUCAUUAAGACCAUCACGCCCAAAGUGUCCAACACGCCAGUGUCUGUGAUGCGCCGUCCGCAACACGGGGAGGUUGCGUUCUCCACCUCCGGCAGUCCACUACUUAUCAGCGCAGUCAGUAGAGAGGACAUUCCUACUGUCAGUGUACCACUAAUGGACGGCAGGGUGUUCUCUAUUUUACCCGAUCCCGGACUUCCGCCUCCAGAUCUCCCAGAAUUUGAUGAUGACACCAAACAGUAUCUGAAGACUUUGAGAAACCAUCUAGCCAUGCUCAGCAGCCCUUAAUUUGUUUAGUACCGGUACUUAAAGUAUUAAGGAUUGUAUGAUAUUGUAUAUUUACUUCGAUAAGAACUUGUAAUAUCAUGGUCUUACUCUAUAAUUUAGUUAUAAUUGGUCUAUUUUGCAUUUCAGAGAUUGAGAAUAAUAUCAUAGUUAUAAUAAUUAUUUAUCUCAAAGUGUGAAUUUGUUAUCGUAUUCGUGUUUAGGGUGUU